UGUUCCACACUGGAGCUGAAAUGAACCCUGCCAGAUCCUUCACCCCUGCUAUGUUCAAGAGGAACUUCAUGAACCACUGGGUGUACAGGAGGGGGUCCCAUGAUCUGUGGUGCUAUGGGCGCCGUCAUGUAUGACUUCAUGCUCUUCCCCAGCCUUUGUGGCCUGGCCGAGAGGGUAGCCACCCUGAAAGGCAGCCGGCCUCUGGAGCAGGACACCUGUGGGGAGCCCAUCAAGCUCAAGAUGGUGUACUGGGUCGGUCCCAUGAUCUGUGGUGCUAUGGGCGCCGUCAUGUACGACUUCAUGCUCUUCCCCCGCAUUUGUGGCCUAGCCAAGAGGGUAGCCACCCUGAAAGGCAGCCGGCCUCUGGAGCAGGACACCUGUGGGAAGCUCAUCAAGCUCAAGAUCCAAGGGCUUUUCCAACUAGUACUUUGUACUUCAUUGGCUAUAGGGUCAAAUACUUAUUUUCCCUCAAAGACAAAUAUGUUCUACACUGGAGCUGAAAUGAACCCUGCCAGAUUCUUCACCCCUGCUCUGUUCAAGAAGAACUUCAUGAACCACUGGGUGUACAGGGUGGGUCCCAUGAUCUGUGGUGCUAUGGGCGCCGUCAUGUAUGACUUCAUGCUCUUCCCCAGCCUUUGUGACCUGGCCGAGAGGGUAGCCACCCUGAAAGACAGCCAGCCUCUGGAGCAGGAGCCCAUCAAGCUCAAGACCCAGGCCAUAUACCGUAACCCUGCCACCAAGCCAGGAGAUGCAGUGGCCAGCCAGAAUUGUUAUAGUAGCCCCCUCCUUCCAGCAACCCAACUCUUCUCCUCCAAGCAACCCAGCUCUUCUCCUCCCAACAAUCCAGCUCUCCUCCUCCCAGCAAUACAGCUCUCCUCUGUCUCACUGUCUAUGACAGUGUGUAUGUAUGCCUUAGUCUGAAUGUUCUCUCAUCUACACUCUACAAUCUACACUCAUGACGGGUGAGCUAUAACGGUCAACUUGGACAUACUUUUUUACCAUUACAUUUCAUUACCAGUAUGAUCUCAAAGUUUUGUUUUUCAUUUAUAUUGUUAUCUACAAUACAAUAUGUGGAUGUUGGAUUCGUCUGUGUGAGGGACUGAAUGACUGAAAAUUCACUGCAGCUUUUUAUUUUUGGUUUAUAUCAUUACAAAGCAUACAUGUGUUUGAGGGAGAGUGUGGGCCGGUGCAAACACUCAGUGUGUGUGUGUGUGCGCGCGUGUGUAAUGUGCGUGUGUACAGUAGAACGUGUGUGUAGAAUGUGCGCGCGUGUGUGUAAUGUGCGUGUGUACAGUAGAACG